AUGCAAGUAUCGAAUGCCGGUACGGAUGGGGCUGAGGCAGAUUGGGCCGUAAAGGCUGCAGUUAAACGCGAUUCAGUGCUGAGAAAAAUUCCUAUGGAAUGGCUUUUGACUUCUGAUAUCAUUCAAACUGUCUCGGAGACUUCUAUAUAUAAUGUCUUGGACCUCCCACGAACAUGCGGAAUUCUGACACAGAAAGAGAUCGUCAUUACCGAAAGAUACGAUGCUACAGAUUUGAUUGAAAAACUUGCGUCGGCGGAGCUUACUUCUGAAGAAGUGACAAUAGCAUUUUGCAAAAGAGCUGCUAUUGCACAGCAACUGACAAAUUGUCUCACCGAGAUACUUUUUGAGGAGGCAAUCGCUCAAGCAAAGGAAUAUGACGCGUAUCUAGCAUCACAUGGGCGGCCGAGCGGGGCGUUCCAUGGUUUGCCGAUAUCUGUCAAGGAAUCCUUCUCCAUCAAAGGCGUCGAUUCCACACUUGGAUUUGUAUCAUGGAUUUCGAACCCGCCGAAAAGUGACAACGCAGCUCUUGUUGAAAUUCUCCUUCGAGAAGGCGCCGUCUUGUACUGCAAAACAAACAUUCCGACCACCAUGAUGACAGCAGAUUCCGAGAAUAACAUAUUUCUUCGAACUCUCAACCCAUAUAACCUUUCUCUUACCGCCGGCGGCUCAUCUGGUGGCGAAGGAAGCCUCGUCGCGCAGCGUGGCUCCAUCUUGGGAAUAGGUACCGACAUCGCUGGAAGCGUGCGUAUCCCGGCCGCCAUGAAUGGUGUAUACGGAUUCAAACCGACCGCGUGUCGUAUCCCAUACGGUGGACAGAGCGGUGCAGGAAGACCCGGAAUGUUUGGCAUACUGCCUGCAGCUGGGCCGCUUGCUCAUUCUGUAAGGGAUCUAAAGCUACUGACAAGGACAGUUCUCAACAGCAACCCAUGGGAGCUGGAUGAGACAGCCAUGGCUUCCCCAUACCGCGAUUUGCCCGCUAAGUCCUCGCCACUGCGACUUGGAAUCAUCACUGAGGACAACGAGAGACCUCUACAUCCAACCAUCAUGCGCGCAUUGAUGGUUGCACAAAAGAAACUUGAGGAAGCAGGUCACUCUCUUGUACCCCUUGACUCUCUUCUUCCUGAGACUCUGUAUAGCGUUACUCGGCUCGCAUGGCGCUACUUUGGUCUCGACGCAUCGAAAACUGCCAUGAAACACAUCCAAGCAAGUGGCGAGCCCGUCAUAAAGUCUAUAUCAACUACAAGCUUCCCAGAUAUGAAGGAUCAAGUCCUCACACUCAACGACGUGUUUGAAAUGAAUGUGCAGCGCCGAACUCUUCAGGCAGGAUAUCGUAAAAUCAUGGUUGAGAAUGGGCUGGACGCAAUUUUAUUGCCCUCCUAUCAAAGUCCAGCACCGAAACAUGACACAUUCGGCUUCCCAAUGUAUACCGUGCUUGCAAAUGUAUUAGAUUGGCCUGCGGGCGUCAUUCCGUACAUGAAGGGCGACUUCUCUUUGGACAAGGAAUUUGUGCGUGAUGUUCCUUACGAGCCGUCAUAUAUUCCAGAGAAUGUGAAAGACAUGCCUGGGAGCUUACAGCUAAUGGGGAAACCGUUUUGCGAUGAAGAGCUGAUGGAAAUUAUGGCUGUUGUUGAUAAGGCAUUGGCUUGA